AUGUCACCAGUUAGGAGAAAAAGAAGAAUAGUCAAACAAGAAAUAAUACCAGCAGCUCCAUCAACACCAGUAUCUCAAGAAAUUGACGACGAACAAGAACAACAACAGCAAGAUGAUAAUUCAUUUGUCAAAUCUUAUAUGAAACAACAAUACAGACCUUAUUCAAUCAAAGAUAUUCAAUUGAAUUUACAUAAUAAAUAUAAUAAGAAUAAUCUUACAUCUAUACUUGAUUCAUUGGUGGCUGAAGGGGAGUUGGUUACUAGAGUUAUUGGGAAAUCUACUUAUUAUGUUUAUAAACAACUUACUGGUGAAGAUUCAUGCACUUCUUUGGAAAGAUAUCAGGAAUUGGAAGAGAAUGUAAAACAAUUAAAUCGAGAUGUUCAACAAACGAAACAACAAUUACAAAUAGUUAACUCAACGCCAACAGAUAUAGAACUUCUUGAAUCAAUCGAAAAUUCAAACAAACAAAUUGAUAACCUAGACCAACAAUUGCAAAAGAUUGAAUUUAACGUGAACAAUGACAAUUUAGAUUCAUUUAAACAAUAUCACAAUAAAUUGAUGAAAAUGAGAAAACAAAGGAAAGAAAUGUUUAAUAACUUUAUUUCUACAAUUGGUGAAUGUAAUGAUGAUUUGGACAAACUAAUGGAUGAAUUGGGGGUUGAUCGAGAAGAACUUGAAUAUCAUAAUUCUUUGAAGUUUCUGUUGUAA